AUGGGUGAGGUGGCCGAUCACCCCGCCAGAAGGUCCCUGGGACUACAGCAAACUACGCCAGAUUACCUCGCCCCCCUUAACGCAGGUGACAGAUAUCCCGGCACCAGCAAAAUACCUACCACAGAGUCUUGCAAAGCAUCUCUGAGAACACUCACACCAGCAACCAGCAUUUCCAAAAUGGCGGACACUAUGCUUUAGUCAGCAAGCCCCUCAGCCUCAAGUGGUCUGGCAUCUCACAUUUUGACAAAACUAGAUGAGACUUUUGCUGCCUUUUGGGACAAAAUUUCUGAGAGGAUGCUGACCUCCAUGCCAACAGAGCAGACCGAUCCUGUACCUCCACCUCUGGCUGUCUUGUAUCUCAGGAGCUGACACAAAAUGGAGGAUAAUGACAGCUCUCAGAGGCGUUGGCGAUGACGGGGGUCAGCUACACAAGCCGAAAUGGACAGCCUGUCCCACACUUCACUUGCGGGCCAGAGCACCACAACUCCUUACCAAGCACGAGGCUGUCUAUUCCUAUGCACUGAUCCAAUCCUCCAGCAGCACGAACCUCUGCCAACACCUGCCUGCUACCUGGCACUUACUAAUAUCCGGGCCUCCUGCAUGCCAGAAGCCUGUUGGAUCGGCUGAUGGUGAUCAAGGGACUGGAGUCUUUCAAGUAAACCUUACUCCUGCUGGAACUCCCAACUUCGUUGUUUCAACUUAG